AUGCGAGCUCUCCAAGAGGCUCCUUCACAACCUGGACUUCCAAUUUCACUUUCCCUGGGCUCAAAUUCAACUCUAGGCGAAGGGGCUUCGGGUUCCCGAUUCUACAGCUGGCUUGGUGAGUGCCAUGGGGCUUUUCACAAUAUCGCUCUAAUUGUACCCUCGCUUCUUUUCGUCCUGUACUUGGCCUAUCAAGCAAGGAAAAGCUUCUCGAAGCUCUCUCAUGGCCGGUCGUAUAUUAUGAUCGCGUACUAUGGGUGCCUUUGGCUUGUUAGCUUGCUCAAUCUUGCUUGGUGCUGUUUACAGGCAUGGGAGUGCACUCCUGGAAAAGAACUAGCCUGGAAUUUCUUAUCUUUGUUCACAACCUCCGGGAUGCUAUUUUUGGAAGUAAGCUUGCUGGCAUUUUUGAUCCAAGGGAAUUAUGCAAGUGGACUGGAAGCUUUGACACGGACUUUCGUUGUCUCAGGGGUCCUUGUUGUUUUGGAUAUACUUCUCAAGGCAAUCUAUCUAUUUGGAUUUGGAAUUCCAUUAUUCGUUGACAACAAAGAUCGUACAGAUCGGAUGAAGUGGGACUUGUGGGUUGUCCACAGGCUAGUGAUUACUGCAAUUUAUGGCUUCAUAUUGUUCAUGUACCAUUCCAAGUGGAGAGAAAGGUUACCAGCAAGACCUGCAUUCUACAAGUAUACCGCUGUCAUGUUUAUGUUGAACAUACUAGCCCUGUUUGCUUGCGGGCUUACUGGAAAUGGUGCUGGAUUUGGGUUCUGGCUCUAUGGUGCCACUGUUGUCUGUUAUCAUGCCCUUUAUCUUCCUCUUUUGUAUGUAACAUUUCUGGCAGACUUCUUCCAGGAGGAAGAUCUACAUUUGGAGAAUGUGUAUUAUUCAGAGAUGAAAGAUGCUGGUUUCUUUGAUGCUGAUUGGGAGUGA